GGAAAGUUAUCCACUCUACGACAUGUUAACAGAGUAAAAAUAUGAUGGAAAUAUAUCUCUUCCACUCUUCCAUCAAAGAGACCUCGAAAUUCAUUUAUUACAUCAACCAAAUCACGAGGAGGAGGUAGAUGCUAACAGCUAGGGUUUGAGGAAAACACACUAAUUAGCAUGCAGCUACAUUUAUAGAUUCAUGCAUGUGUAAAAUAAUAUUUUCAAUAUUUAACGAAGACGACAAAUAUUUGCAAGUAUAUAGCUAGCUUGCAUAACUUAAUUUAUAUAUAUUUAUAGAGCAAUAAUAGAGAGAGAGAGAGAGAGAGAGAGAGAUGGAGGGAAGAAAGAGGAGUUUGGUGAGUGGAGGGAAGUUGGUGGUGAAGCCAAAAUACAAGCAUGGUUUGUCUUCCUCUCAGAUUCAUUCACUGAGUGCUGUGUGUGAAGCUCUAAUACCGUGUAUUCCUACCAAUGGAAACCUAAAUUCCAAUGAUACUAAUGGAAAGCUUCUUCAUCACUCCUAUUACUUGUCUUCGGCUUCUCAUCCUCCAUUUCCUGAUGAGACAGCAGAGCUGAUAGUGAAGAGAGGGAUACCCAAAGCUGUAGUGGUGGUGAGCCUUGUGCUGAAGCUGCUGUCGACGCGGCUGGGCACCCUCUUGCUGUGCGGCGGCGCUUCUCUGGAUUGGAAAUGGCCCUUCCUUCAUAAAUUCUCAGAGCUCUCCGUCAGCAAGAGAGAAGCCAUUCUCCAGAAAUGGUCAAGAGGGACUCUGCUCCUCCCUCUCAGAACAGUCUUCUUCAUGCUCAAACUCACCUGUUUCUACACCUUCUUCUCUCUGACAGAUGAAAAGGGCCAGAAUCCAGCAUGGGAAUCGAUAGGAUACCACGUGGAACAAGUUGAAAACUCAGCUGAUUCAGGCGAGGAGAGGCCUCUCGACAAGGGCAUCGUAGAGACCGAGAACCAAGCCGAUGAGACGACACUGAAACAAUCCCUCAUCCACAAGGGGCUGCAGGUCACCGACAACACGAAAGACAACACCAUCAACAUCCAAUGUGAUGUAGUGAUAGUGGGCUCCGGCUGUGGAGGAGGAGUUGCAGCGGCCGUGCUUGCAGAGGCCGGCCUCAAAGUCGUGGUGGUCGAGAAGGGCCAUUACUUCACAGCACAAGACUAUACUGGACUGGAGGGACCUUCCAUGAACGAGCUGUAUGCAUCAGGAGGGAUCUUCUCAACUCAAGAUGGCAAGAUCAUCCUCCUUGCAGGGUCCACAGUUGGUGGUGGUUCAGCCGUCAACUGGUCGGCCUCCAUCAGAACUCCGGAUCACGUUCUGGAAGAGUGGUCGAAAGAGAAGAAGAUUCCCAUGUUUGGAGGGGAAGAGUAUCAAUCCGCCAUGGACAGAGUGUGGAGAAGGAUAGGUGUGACAGAGAUGUGUGAGCAGGAAGGCAUCCAAAACCAAGUUUUGAGAAAAGGGUGUGAGAAGGUGGGGUUGAAAGUGGAGGGAGUGGCCAGGAAUUCCACAGAGGGUCACUACUGUGGCUCCUGCGGCUACGGCUGCAGGAGAGGGGAUAAGAAGGGGACCGACUCCACAUGGCUCGUCGAUGCAGUUGACAAGGGUGCGGUGAUCUUGACAGGGUGCAAGGCAGACAAGUUUGUGGUGGAGAGUGAUGGGAGUGGCAAGAGAUGCAAAGGGGUGAUAGCAACGGUUGAAAGCAGCAACAUAUCAAAGAAGGUGCAGAUUGAGGCAAAGGCAUCAGUUGCAGCUUGUGGUGCUCUCUACACACCGCCUCUGCUGAUUUCAAGUGGGCUGAAGAACAAGAAUGUGGGGAGGAAUCUUCACCUCCACCCUGUGUUAUUUGCAUGGGGAUACUUCCCAGAAUCAGAAUCACAGCUGCAGGGAAAGAGCUUCGAAGGAGGCAUCAUAACCUCCAUUAACAAGGUGAUGAUCCAAGGAGAGGCUAAUUUUAGCACCAUCAUAGAAACAGCUGGAUUAGGGCCGGCAUCCUACGCGGUGUUCCUGCCGUGGGUGGGAGGGCAGGACAUGAAGGAGAGGAUGGCCAAGUACUCCAGAACAGCGAUGCUGUUCGCGUUGAUAAGAGAUGAAGGCUCAGGGGAGGUGAGGGAGGAAGGGAAGAUAACCUACAAGUUUCAUGAGCUAGACCAGAAGCAUCUUGAGGCCGGGUUGAGGCAGACGCUGAGGAUCUUGAUAGGUGCAGGAGCAGCCGAGGUGGGGACAUUUCAGAGCGACGGGCAGAGGCUGGAGUGCCGGGGGAUCAAGGAGGAGGACGUGGAGGAGUUCUUGAAGACAGUGGUGGCAGCCGGAGGGCCGGCCUCCGGGGGGAAGUAUUGGAAUUUGUAUGCUUCGGCGCAUCAAAUGAGUAGCUGCAGGAUGGGGGUUGAUGAGAGAGAAGGUGCAGUGGAUGGGAAUGGGGAGAGCUGGGAGGCUAAAGGGCUGUAUGUUUGUGAUGGGAGUGUGCUGCCUACAGCUAUUGGUGUCAAUCCCAUGAUUACUAUUGAAUCAACUGCUUACUGCAUCUCUACCAGAAUUGCACAUUCUCUCAACCAAAUUUAGAGAAUGUGGCCAUGUUUUUCCCAUGCCUUCACUUCACUUGUUUGCUGGACUAGUUUGUAUCUUUUUGUAUGGAAAUAAUGAUGUCGAUGUGCAUUGAUCUUCACAUGGAAGAGGCAGUGUGUUUAUAACAGUGAAAAAAUAAGUAUUGGAUAUACACUACGUUUUGAAGAAAAGAAAA